GUUUGUUAAAAAUCAGAACGCAAGGCGGUUAUGGAAAAAGAGAGAUGUCAAAACUUAGAAUUUAUUCAGAGAGAGAUUGAGAAAUGCAUACAAAUUUAUUUGGACAAGGAGGAAACGAUUGUUAGGCUGCAGAAUAAUUUUGAUCCAAAUUUGGUCUCCUUGGUUUGGGAGACUCUUGAAGAGACCUAUUCCGAUUUUUUUCGAGCGUAUAAAAUAAGAAUACGUUUAAGAGAUCAAAUUAGCUAUUUUAACAAGUUAGUGCAGAUUCGAGAAGAGCUUUCACAGCCUAGGGUAAAGGAAGAGCAAGAGGACCAAAAGUUAGUGGAGAACGAGUCUGCAAGAAGUACUGAAGAUAUUUGUAGAGAAAAGUAAGUUUUUCUAUGCGUUUAGAACGACCUAAGUGAAAAUGAGCAGGGGUUUUUCAUGCUGGUGGGAGGAUAGAUCUCAGGCACACAUAAUUUUAUCUAAAACGAAGGCACCUGUAAAAUUUUUUUUUGGUUUCAAGUAAAAAGAGAAAGGUCGGAUGAGAUAUGUGUGAAAUUAAAAGCUAGGAGAUUUAAUUAUUGGUUAUUGGGACAAUUACUUGCUUACCUGCUUUUUUUUCUGUGUAUAGCGGAAGGAGCAAGAGAGAAGAUGCCAACUCAAAACUUAUGGGAGGAUUACAAAAGGCUUCAGGCUAGCCUGGACAGACGAGACUAUAAAGAGGCGGUAGAAGUAUCAGAUGUUAUCCUGGGAAAGAAUGCGAAGGAAAAGAAAGCUGCCAAGAGCAAGAUAUAUGCCUUGAUUUAUCUAGGUAGAUUUAAAGAGGCAGUAGAAGCGAUAGAAAUCUACAAAGACGGAGAAGAAUUCAGGUUUGAAAAAGCCUAUGCAAAAUAUGGGGUAGGGUGCUACCAAGAGUGCUUGGAAUUGCUCGAUGAAAAAGAGGAUAGAAUGAAGUUGUUAAAGUCACAAGUGUACUAUGUCUUAGAGGAUAGGAAAGCAUUAGAAUUAUGGGAGGAAGUGAAUGAGGGCGUGAAUGAGAGUGAGUGGGUAUCGAACUGGUAUGCGAUAGCAGUUCGUAUGGGCUGUCCAGAGAGAGUGUUGGGGAAUGAGGAAAAGAGGGCAGGAGAGGAGACAUAUGAGAUGGGAUAUAAUGUGGUUUGUGCACUGAUAGCAUUAGGAGAAGAGAAGAAGGCAAAAGAAAAAUUGAAGGAUUUGAGAGAGAGAGAGAGGGAGGUUUGGGAGGAUGAGUUGGAGAGGGCGAGGGUGGAGGAGCAAUUCAGAUAUUUAGAGAAAUGGGCGGGAGAUAACAAGAACGAAAUAGGAGGAGAAGUGGAAUUAGUGAGUGAAAACAAUUUGGCUAUAUGGAGAUCAGAGGACGAUCCUAAAUGGGUGUAUGAGAAGCUAAGUGAAUUAUGGAAUAACAGGGAGAUAAAUAAAUGGCUGUCUAAAGAACAAAGAGCCACGUGGAUGUAUAAUCUUGCAAUAAUGUCAUUAAGACUUGGUCAGACAUCUCGAUGUCAUUCGAUGGUGAAAGAAAUCGAAAAGAUUUAUCCAGAAUUUGAGUGGCUUCCGAUUAUUAAAGCUGCCAUUCACCACCAUGAUAAAAAUGUGUACAAGGCAAUUGAAGUGUUGAAAGAUGCAAGAUUUAAGAACAAGCGUUUAACAGAUUUGGUAGAAUUGUACCAAGCACAAAUUUAUUUGAACUUGAACAAAUUAGACACUUGUGCUUCUCAUCUUUCUUCUAUUUCUUCUUUACAGCACGAAUUAGGUAUGAUAGCUGCUUUGGUACAUAUUUAUCAGAGAACUGGACAAGUUGAGCACGCCAACCAGCUUGUUUGGGCAGCUCUUGAAUCACAUCCUGAUAUCAUAUCUUCGUCCGAUUCUCAACUUAUUCGCUUAGUAAAGCAUUAUGGAAAAUAUCUUUUAAAGCAUCAUCAUUGGACUCUUGCCUUCAAUCUCUUUCAAAAAAUCCUCGAUUUGAAUCCUUUGGAUUUAGAAGCCAAAGCUAGUUUAACUGUAGCAUCAAUCUAUGUGAACUCUUAUGCGACUCAUCUUCAUUCGUCCUCUCUGGAAUCAUUUGUGUCAACUUCUCUAUCUUCAGUAGAUAUAGACGCUCUUGAAAAUUUAGUCGACGUUUUUCCGUCUUCUUCCUCUUCUUCCAAUUCUCCUCACCCUACUACUUCUGCCAAAAAGAAGAAAAAAAGACGACCUAAUAAACCGUCUAAACGACUAAACCGUGAUAAACCACCUGAUCCAAAUCGCUGGCUGUCUAAGAAACAAAGAGCUGCUCUUCAGCCCGCCAAAACCCAAGGGUCAACCCUCUCCGAUUAUCUUCUUCCAUCUAAAUCACCUCAAGCACCUCCAAGUUUGAGAAAACUCAACCUGAAAUCAAAGAGAACCCUCCCCAAAGGUGCCAAGCCAAAAAGCGCCAGACGGCAUUAAAACCUUUGCACCACGCAUACAACAUAUACACCUGCUUGGCACUUAAAUGAUUUUUUCUAUGUACAUUAUUAUUUCUGGUGCGAGGACAAACCAUUCUUUUCCCGUACCAAGGAGCGUCGCGAUGUGUUCUCUUUUGGUUUUUCCUUCUCAAAAAAAAAAAAAAAAAAAAAACUCAAAUUCAAACCUUUCCAUACCACGUUAUGGAUCAUCUGAUUGACCAACUGGCGCUAAUACAAUAUCCUUUUUCUUUGGAGAAAGAGAGCAUCAUGGGAUGUGAAUGGAGGGAGGCAAUGGCUUGGUUGUUGCAAUCCUUCGACCCGGUGGUUUUCGAACAACUCAAAUCUCAAAAAAGUGAGACAACGGGUACGGCCUGAGUAGGAAAAGAAUGUAGAGAAAAAAUACCUCCUUCUUGAAGCUCUGGUUGUGCACAGAUGAGUAUGUCCCUUUUUAGUACGUUAUUAACGGCUAGUUUUGUCAGAUACGGACCAUUUAUUGAAUGUGAGUUGUUUUUUUGGUCUAUGUAAUUCUACGGACUAUGAAUUGAUGAAGGGAUCUGUGCCUGAGUUACGUAAAGUGGAGCAUCUGAAUCGUUUAGUAGAGCUAUGUCAUUUGAACCGUAAGGUGCGAAUGCAGGCAUUUGACAUUGAGCAAUGGAGAUCCAGGGCAGCUCGUCUGAUGAGCCACGUGCUCGAAGAUGGGAAUUUGACGUCGAAACAGUUGAAUUUGUUUUCUGCGGAUGUAUACGUGGGUCAUUCGAAGCAGAAAGGAUUGGCAGAAGUUCCUUCUGAGUCUGCGUUGAAUGCAUUAUUAGAUACAGUCCAUCGCGAGCUGGAGAGUCUAGAGGCGCGAAUAAAUGAAGCUAGGGAUAUAGAGAUGCAUGAUCAAGACGACGAGAUGGACAUAGAGACCAAAAUCGAAGAGAGGAAGACAAGUUUGGCCAGUCUCUUUAAGACACUACAAAAAUUGAUUGGCGAUUUCGAGAAUAUGUAUACAUGCAAUGUGGAGCCUUGGAGCGAUCAGGGCGUGCAGAAUUUGGUGGGUAUUGGGCCAGAAUCCAAGAGAGCAUAUGACUUGCAUUUAUGUUUGCAAAAUGCAUUGGACCGUUUUGAGCAUUUGAAGGAAGCGUAUGGCAAAGUAGAGAAUGGAGAAGUUUUACAAGCGUUAGAGAGCGAUGUGGUAUCUUUAGAAGAUUAUGGCAUGAGUUGUCUGAAUGAUCAGAUAGGUAUAUUGGAGGUGGCAUGUCACAGAAUGACAGAAUGAGGGCUUUUUUUGACACAUAAUGUACAUGGCGGUAAUAAGAUAAAUACCAUUUGUAAAGAGAACAAA